AUGCUGUUUUUUUCGCUAUUCAAAACGCUGGUCAAUCAUGAGAUUACCGUAGAGCUCAAAAACGACCUGCAGAUCCGAGGCAUUCUCAAGUCGGUGGACCAGUUCAUGAACAUCAAGCUGGAAAACGUGACCACCGUGGAGGAGGACAAAUUCCCGCAUCUGACGGCGGUGCGAGACCUGUUCAUUCGAGGCUCGGUCGUGCGAUACGUGCAUCUGCCGCCCGGAGCCGUGGACACCACCUUGCUGGAGGACGCCACUCGACGGGAGGCUCUGUCCCACUCGGGUAAGGCUAUCAAAUAA